AUAGAAGAAUACAAGCCAACCGAAUUCAAUUAAGUUUUUCUUCCAUACAUCUCAAACUUGUAGGCUAUAGCUUAGGUUUGUUAGUGCAAGAAGGUCCAAACAUGGAGAUUACAAUUAAAAAUCUGAUCAAAGUUGAAGCAUAUUUGAGAUCUUUUGCUUUCCUAACACUAUCGUUGGCUGCCAUUGUAAUGGCUACCGAUAGACAAACUAAGAUAUACUUUGGUGCUUAUAAAAAGACUGUUGAUUUUAGGGUGGCUACCAUUUUCAAAGCAUCGAUGUACGUUUAUGCAACUGGUGCUGGGUACAGUUUAUUCCAACUAGUUCGAUGCUUGGCAUUUACUGCUACUAAUUCAAAGGUUGAUAAAUUAAGUUUAUCCAACCAUAUCUUAAAAUGGAUUUAUUUUUUGCUUGAUCAGAUUGCAGUGUACGUUGCAUUUGCUAUAGUAUGCGCAUCCAUUGAGAUUGGAUUCCUAGCACUAACUGGCAACAAUGAACUCGAGUGGAUGAAACUUUGCAGCAAAUUUGUACGUUUCUGCUUUCAUUUUGGUGGCUCUGUUGCUUGUGCCUUUGUAUCUUCCGUCCUAUUGGCUCUCAUUUCUGCCAUUUCCUCCUUCAGUCUUUUUACAUGGUAUUCUCCUAAUUUCUUGUGCCUUAAACCCAAGAAAAUUGGUAUUGCUUCUACUAAUAUUAACUAGCUAAGCUAGUUUUGAUACGCUCAAUUAGAGUAAUAAUUAUUGUCUUUGGGCAAGAUCUUGAGUUUAGAACUCAUAUUAUAGAUCUUUCUUUUCCCUUGAUCUAUCUUGUGAUCCAGGAAAAAAAACUAGUUUGGCUGAUAAAGUGUUCUGGUUAUUUAUCGAUUAGUAAUGACGGGCGUAAAGUGUGAACUGAUAAUUGUACAUAAAAUGCAUAUAUUGUAUGUAAUUAUUAGGAGUACUUUGCGUUAUGUAUCGAGGAGAAACAAGAGAUAAUUUUUUUUUUUAUUAAUGAUUGUUUUGAAAUUCGGGCUAAUGAUGAGUUAAUUGUUAUUCUCGAGUCGGGCGAUUUCUUUUGGUUGUGCUCUCCUUUAUGGGGUAUGAGUUGCCGUCUUUUUUCCCUCUCCAUACCCUGUUCAUAGUUUUUUUAUGAGCGGGAUACACUGGGUAAGAUGAUGAUGAAUCAAUUGUUAAACAUUAAAGAGAUUGAGAAUUAAAGUUUGAAGAAGAAUUAUGAAGUUUUUGAUGUGUAUGUCAUGUUCCAACUAAGUGAUAUAUUUGGAAUUUUAAAUUUUAUUAAAAAGGUAUUAUAAGUACUUUUUCAUUAGACUUUUAAAUUUAUUUUUUCUCUAAUAAUAAUCAAUAAAUAAAAGAAAAAAUUAUUGUGAACAAUACAAUCUUUCAUUAACUUACCUAUAAUAAUAUAACUUUUGAUUAAUCCGAAAUA